AUGUCCUGGCAACCGUCCCAGGACUCGGUCAGGCAGCUUGCUGCUUGUCUCAGAGACUCGCUGAGCGGCUUUGAUAAAAAUGCCCAGAAGAAUGCCGAAGCGAUGCUUCAACAAGCAAAGUCAUCGCCGGAUAUCAACAACUACUUGGCCUACCUCUUUUCCAGCGUUCAGCCGCCCGAGGGCGUGCAAUGUAGCGAAAGCGACUAUCACCUUGUACGAUCGGCUGCCGGAAUCAUGCUCAAAAACAAUGUCAAGUCCGACUGGAAGAGCAUACCCGACGAGAGUCUCAGCUUUAUCAAACUGGCAGUGCCCAUGUGUCUGCAAGACAAAAACCCCCAGAUUCGCAACUAUGCUGGAAAUAUUGCGUCCGAGGUUAUUCGCAGGGGCGGCCUGCUGACCUGGCCGGACCUGAUUCCCCAGUUGCUCGACCUGGUUAGGAAUGCCAACGGCGACGUGCUCAACGAGGGCCAAGAGGGGGCCAUGUCUGCCUUGGUGAAAAUCUGCGAGGAUAGCCCUCGGCUCUUCCUGAGGGAGGUUAACGGGCAGCGACCCUUGAACCAUGUACUCCCGCAGCUCAUUGCUGCCACCAAGAGCCAUCUUCCCAAGGUCCGCGCUGGAGCCUUGACCGCCAUCAACGUCUUCGCCCCUCGGGCUUCGCAAGCCAUGCUCAAUUCCAUCGACGAACUGCUGCAACAUCUUUUUGUCCUGUCCAGCGACAACAACCCCGACGUGCGACGUCAAGUGUGCCGCGCCUUUGUUCAUCUCGUCGAAACCCGGCCCGACAAGCUGCAGCCCCACAUUGGCGGUUUGGUCGACUACAUCAUUUCGCAGCAGAAAGGUGACGACGAGGACCUCGCCUGCGAAGCUGCCGAGUUCUGGCUCGCGGUAGGGGAGCAUGAUGACUUGUGGCGGGCCCUCCAACCCCACCUGGGCAAAAUCAUCCCCGUCUUGCUCGAAUGCAUGGUUUACAGCGGGGAUGAUAUCGCUCUGCUUGGCGGUGCUUCGGAUGACGAAGACGAACAGGAUAGGGAGCAGGAUAUCAAGCCAGCAUUCGCCAAGAAGAACCUGAACCGAACCGUAAACGCAAAUGGCGACUCCCCUGAUGACAAGGACAGGCGUGGCGGUGAAGGCAAACCUUCUGGCUUGGAUGACGAUCUCGAAGAGGGCGAGAUUGACGACCCAGAUGACGGCGACGAAAACCCUGAUGAGAAGUGGACGCUGCGCAAGUGCUCCGCGGCCGCGUUGGAUGUCUUCGCCAAGGAUUUUCGAAAUCCAGUCUUUGAGGCCAUCUUUCCCUACCUGUCUCAAAAUCUGAAGCACCAAGAUUGGCCGCACCGCGAGGCUGCCGUGCUGGCCCUGGGUGCCGUCGCCGAGGGCUGCAUGGAUGUUGUUGUGCCGCACCUCCCCGAACUCGUCCCGUACCUGAUCUCGCUCCUGGAGGACCCCGAGCCCGUCGUUCGCCAAAUCACCUGCUGGACAUUGGGUCGUUAUUCAGAAUGGGCCGCGGAACUGCCAGACGGCGACAGGGAGCAAUACUUUGUGCCUCUGAUGGACGGCAUACUUCGAAAGAUGCUCGACAGGAACAAAAAGGUCCAAGCCGCUGGCGCAUCGGCCUUUGCCAACAUCGAAUACAAGGCAGGUGCCCUGCUGGAACCUUACUGCGGGCCCAUCAUCCAGCAGUUUGUCCGGUGCUUUCGCAAGUACAAGGACAGGAACAUGUACGUCCUGUACGACUGCGUCCAAACCCUGGCCGAACGUACCGGAUCCCUGCUCGCCACCCCCGAACUCAAGGAUCAGCUGAUGCCGGCGCUCAACGAGAGAUACAACGUGGUGACGGAUCAGUCUCGAGAGGUUUUCCCCCUGCUGGAAUGCCUGUCGUACGUCGCGCUGGCGUUGGGGCCGGCCUUUGCCCCCUACGCCCGGCAAAUCUUUGCGCGGUGCAUCAACAUCAUCCACAUGAACCUGGAACAGAGCUUGGCGGCUGCCGGCAACGCCGCCCUCGACGCGCCGGACAAGGACUUCCUGGUGACCAGCCUGGACCUCUUGAGCGCCAUUGUGCAGGCGCUGGGAGAGGAGCACUCUGCCGAGCUCGUCAAGAACUCUCCCCAGCCGUUUUUCGAGCUGCUCACUUUUUGCAUGGAGGAUCCCGCCGACGAGGUCAGGCAGUCGGCGUACGCGCUGCUGGGCGACUGCGCAAACUACGCCUACCCCCUGAUGCGGCCGCAUCUCGGCGUCAUAGUGCCCAUUGCCCUGAAGCAGCUCGACCUGGAUUCCAUGCUGGACGACGAAGUCGGCGAUGGCUUUGGAGCGUAUAACAAUACCUGCUGGUCGCUCGGCGAAAUCACCAUGAGGCACGGCAAAGGCAUGGCCGAAUGGGCCCCCGGCCUUGUCAAGCACCUGGUCGAGAUUAUGAGCAACCCCCGGGUGCCAAAGAGCCUCGCGGAAAACGCCGCCAUUGCGCUGGGCCGUCUGGGGAUCCACAACUCGGAGCUGCUGGCUCCGGCGCUGCCGACCUUUGCGGAGGACUUUUUGACCCUGAUGAAGAAGAUUGGCGCCACCGAGGAAAAGGCCUCUGCCUUUAAGGGAUUCUCCCUGGUUGUUUCGCAGAACCCCCAGGCCAUGGAGAAGGUCUUGCUGGGCUACUUUGCGGCAGUGGCACAAUACGAAGACCCUGAGCUGCCGAGCCCGUUGAAGGAGGAACUUGACGACGUGUUCCAGCACGUCCUCAACGUCUACAAGCAAAUGAUGCCGCAGUUUAACGAAUUUCUGGCCCAACUACGGCCGCAGGACCGUCAAAAGCUCACAAGCCAAUACUCUGUUUGA